GAGGAUGUGGUAUCAUUCUGCGAGUUCAAAUCCUCUGUAAAAGUGUGGGAUGGGACCUGGAAUUCACCCAGAAAGCCCCAAGGGGCUCCAUCAUUUUCAAAAGUGUAUUUUCCACUGGUUGAAUAUAUAACUCUUCUGGGCAUUUAUGUGAUAAACCUGUUCAUGAAAUUGCAAGCUUCCUCUUCACUGCCAUUUCCUAAUACAUUUAACAUUGUAUUCUCAGAUGCCUGAGGACAAUGAGUAGCGGCAUGAUUAGAAAUUGAAUAACAGACGCAGAUCACUUCAGUACAGUGGAGCCAAAAGCUUUACAUGAGAGGACACAGGUACAUACAUAAGUUUCUUGAAGACGUCUUGGAAUCUACAUGUAGUGAACAUGUCUCCACAAGCAAACAUCAGUAGAGAGGACCCAUGCAUGGUGGAUUCAGAAUUCAGAUACUCCCUCUUUACAGUGUCAUAUAGCAUUAUUUUUGUCAUUGGAUUCCUUGCAAACAGCUAUGUCUUAUGGGUUUUUGUUAAAGUUUAUCCAGCUAAGAGGCUGAGCGAAAUUAAAAUAUUCAUGAUAAAUCUAACGGUUGCUGACCUUCUAUUUUUGGUGACACUGCCUCUGUGGAUUGUAUAUUACAACUAUAGAGGGGACUGGAUCAUGCCGGAAUUUCUCUGCAACGUGGCAGGUUGUUUCUUUUUUAUCAACACAUACUGCUCUGUCGCCUUUCUUGGAGUCAUCAGUUACAACAGAUUUCAGGCUGUUACAAGACCUGUAGAGACUGCCCAGUCUUCUGCCAGAUGUAAAGCAAUAUGUAUCUCAACAUGUGUAUGGGUAGUUGUGUUUUUUAGCUCGUUGUAUUUUCUUAUUUUUCCUGGUACCAACCAAGUGCAGGCCACUGGUCACAACUACACUAGAUGCUUUGAAGGAUACGAUACUGACAACAGAGAUCCCGUGGCAGCCAUUCAUUUUGUUUUAAUUGCUGCCUUCUUUCUCGUUUUCCUCCUUAUUUUAGUUUGCAAUGUAGUGAUUUUUAAGACUUUAGUCAUCCAGUCAGUGCAAGCCAGGCAGAGUGCAGAAAUGAAGCGCCGUGCUUUGAACAUGGUUGCCACUGUUCUAGGUGUUUUUGUGAUAUGCUUUGUCCCACAUCACAUUGUUCAUGGACCCUGGACCCUUACCGUCUUAAGGUUGUGGCAUGAGAGAGACUGUGAAUUUCGGCAAGCCUUGAAUGAUGCCCAUCAAAUCACUCUAUGCAUUAUGAGCACCAACUGCAUGCUUGACCCAAUCAUCUACUGCUUUCUUACCAAGAAAUUCAGGAGGCACCUAUCUGACCGAAUCCAGAGCAUGCGAGGAACUCGUAAGUUUUCCAGAAAUACCACUGAAACAAACACAGAUGUUACACUUCCUCUCAACGACAAGCAGACUGUAACAUGUGAUCUCUAGAAUGAUUACAAUUUAGUAAAGGUUUCAAAAGAACUCAUAUAUGUAUGGUACAGACUACUGACUUACCUAAAAACUGUGGUGGCAUUUGUUUUUAGUAGUCAAACAAGUGGGUCAUUGUAGAAUAUGUAUACUUAGAAUUAAUGAAACAUGCUAAAUAUAUUAACUGAUUAUGCUUGCUAAGAGUUUUUGGUUGUGUAGGUCAUAACAUUUCCAAUAUUCACUAGAAGGCUUAUUCUUACUUUGAUAUGUUCUUUAUUCUAUUAAAGGAGUUUUCCAAGCUCCCCAGGAUAGGUCAUUAAUAUCAGAACGUUGAGGCUCUGACAGCUUGCACCCCCGUCGCUGUUCCCUGCAGCCCCUGGAACUAGCAGUUUGAAAGGAACAGGAAGCACGUCUUCCUUUUAAAGGGUAGCGGCUGUGCUAGAUUUCUACAGCUCAGCUCCCAUUCACUGCAAUGGCAGAUAGCCUACUGUAACCCAACUGAGCCACUACACUAUGAACGGAGCCAUGAUUCCUGUUCCUUUCCGACUGCUAGUUCCAGUGCCAGAGGCUGCAGGGAACAUCUGAUCGGACUUCACCGACCUGAUAUUAAUGAGCUAUUCAAAAGAUAGGUCAUUAACAUCAGGAGCCUGGAAAUUCAUUUAAAUAAUUAAAUGUAGAUCCUGAUGUUUUUCCAUACACUAUAUUUUUCUGUGUCUUCAGGAGGAAAUAGGCCCCAAGUGAUGGAAGAGGUCCAGAAAAUCAGUAUAGCUCCUAUGGAUACCUGAAGAAAGUGGUGGAUUUGCUCUUUUCCUAAAAUUGUGUUUAAUUUAUCAAGAAAACUGGGACUUUUUUCUAAUCUUGUAUGUGGGGAAUCUACUACAAAAUAUUAAUAUUGUGUCAAGUUUUUUUAAACUAAUUUUACUAAGGCAACUUUCACACUUGCGGUAGCCUUUUUACUACAAUGGGGCAGGCCGGAGGUCCGGCUGCAGCAUGGCAAGCAUGCUGAAUAGUGAAUGGGGCCGGAGCGAACUUCUGGCAGCACGGAGAACUUGCAGUAGCACGGAUCCGGCAGUCUGUUCCCCCGCCGGAACAGCCUUCAGGAAAAGGCUACCGCGAGUGUGAAAGUCCUUAGGCGAACAUGAAAUGAACUCUAUAACUGAUAUUUCAAAUGUUCAAGACUAUUCUUUUCUGGAUUGUUGCAAAAUUAAGAGUCUUCAUACCUGCAGUAUUUAGUAGGCCAUGGCUGCAGUUGUCCUACAGUAAAAAAAAAAUCAUGACUAGUGAACUGGAAAGCUGUCUUUUAAGGACCUCAGAGACUGCAGAUUUACAUGUAUUUUCCAAGUGUAUUUAUUAAUAAACAUAUCAAGUGUUAUUUCCCUA